AUGGCUAGGAAGACAGAUAAGCUCGGAGGAUGGGUCCAGCUCAACCCCUACGACGGCGACGAGGAGGAGCUUGGACAAUGGAAUAGGGACACAAAGUCGGCGCUCGAAACGAUGUCCUCGGCGGGAUUAGUGGAAUGGAAAGUCUCAGGGGAGGGGUAUGCAGUGCGCCUCGCCCCAUCCACCUCAUCACCCACCUCCCAGCCCCCUUCCAACCGGUCCCAGUCCCAUAGCGAGGAGCACAGCAAGGACUUCGACCCCGAUGACGAAGAACUGGCGCGGCUCGAACAGUAUUACGCCACCAGGGGCUGGACGAUCAUGUCCGGUCCUCCAGCCUACGCGGCGGGGGACAUUGUGUCUCGUCUGAACGAGGCGAGCGGGGAGGAUGGAGAAGGACAAGUACUGCAGUCCAGGCGACUGGACGACGACGUAGAUGAUGACGGAGACGAUACCGUGCUCGCUGUCCGAAGGGACGUGGACGGGGACACAGAGGUGGUCACGUUCGACCCGCUUGAUGUGCGUACGUUGCGACAGACUCUGCGCCGUCUAGCCUCGAGGCUUCCGCUCAACUGGCACGAGUCGCGCACGGACUCCGAAGGCGAUCGAGAUAAGGGGGACAGGGGAGGCGUGCGCUUCACUGCCGCGUUGGACUGGCCAACGGAUCCAAAGCAGCGGGAGGAGAUCGAGCACCAACCUUCGCAAGAGGGAUACGUUACUAUAGUCGGAGCAGAUGAGCCUGACGAUGGGCGCACAGUGCUCCGCGGCAUGAAGCUCUUGAUGCGGGGCAGCGGGGGACUCGAGCUGGAGUACGCGCUCUGCGACGAUGUGCUGGGCGUCAUGCCGCCGUGGGUGCGCGAGAGGCGGAAUCGGGAGUACAGGGAAGCAGGAGGAGACACAGAGGGGUGA